AUGGCGGGUAUUGACGGGAGUGCCGGCAAAGGGAUUAAUCCGAGUGGAGAUGCGAAACAACGCUUCCUCUUCACAUCCGAAUCGGUCUCCGAGGGACAUCCUGAUAAGAUGUGUGACAUCAUCUCGGACACGGUUCUCGACGCUCAUCUCGAACAGGAUCCAUACGCUAAAGUGGCUUGCGAAUCGGUUACAAAGACGGGGAUGGUGUUGUUGGCAGGUGAAAUCACAUCAAAAGCUCACGUCGACUAUCAGGCGAUCGUUCGAGAAGCCAUCAAGCGAAUUGGAUUCGAUGAUUCGUCAAAGGGUUUUGACUACAAAACGUGCAACUUGUUGGUUGCUCUUGAUCAACAAGCACCUGAAAUAGCCGCCGGUGUUCACGUUGGCAAAUCGGAUGAAGAUGUCGGAGCCGGUGAUCAGGGUCUGAUGUUUGGGUAUGCGACGGAUGAAACAGAAGAAGCGAUGCCUCUUUCUCUUCUCUUAGCGCACCAGGUGACGGUAGAGUACGAGUUUGAUGGUGGCGCCUGUGUUCCUGUGAGAGUGCAUACUGUUGUGAUGUCAUCUCAACACAAGCACGAUUCGAGCCUUGAGCAAGUGAGAGAAGAUGUGAUGAAGCAUGUUAUUCGUUGUGUCAUCCCACAACGGCUUCUUGACGAUCAAACCAAAUUCUACUUGAAUCCUUGCGGAACUUUUCAUGUCGGCGGCCCAAUGGGUGAUGCGGGAUUGACUGGACGCAAAAUCAUUGUUGACACUUACGGUGGAUGGGGCGCGCACGGUGGUGGAGCUUUCUCGGGAAAAGACCCAACAAAGGUUGAUCGUUCGGCUGCUUAUGGAGCCAGAUGGGUCGCUAAAUCACUUGUGAAAGCCGGAGUCUGUCGUCGUUGUUUAGUUCAGGUGUCGUAUGCAAUUGGGAUGGCGGAGCCACUGUCGGUGACCGUCAUCUCGUACAAUACAUCGCCGCUUUCUGAGGAAGAAUUGCUGACGAUCGUCCGUGACAACUUUGAUCUCCGCCCAGGAAUUAUCAUUCGCGAUCUCCAAUUGCGUCGGCCGAUUUACAAGGAGACAGCAAAGAAUGGCCACUUCGGUCAUCCUUCAUUUCCUUGGGAACAGCCAAAAGAGCUCAAUAAACAAUGCUUC